AUUUGGCAGGUGGAUGUGGGAGAGAGAAGUUUGCAGAACUGAAAUGGAGGUUGGAGCUUCAUUACAGAAAGUUCAUGGGUCAUCUGAUUCUGUGGCUGCAAUGAACAGUGAAGAAUUUGUUUUGGUUCCUCAGCAUGCAGAUGAUACUUCUACAAAAGGCGAUGAAAAACCUCAACUGAAGAUAGUUUCUAAUGGGGAUGAGCAAUUGGAAAAGGCCAUGGAAGAGAUUCUGAGAGAUUCUGAGAAAGGGCAAAGCAGUCCUCUUUUUGAAUGUCAGAGUUCCAGUGAGAUAUCAGACCGUUCCAUUGGAGAUGUUCCAGCCAGCCAAAUAUAUAAGCCAUCUCUUCAGUUAAUUUUGGAUCCAUCUAACACAGAAAUUUCCACUCCCAUACCAUCUUCUCCAAGUGGAAUAACUGAAGAAGAUAGUGUUUUAUUUAAUAAACUGACCUACUUAGGAUGCAUGAAAGUUUCUUCCCCGCGUAAUGAAGUGGAGGCUUUACGGGCAAUGGCAACCAUAAGGUCUUCUAGUCAGAACCCCUUUCCUGUUACUCUGUAUGUGCCAAAUGUUCCAGAAGGUUCUGUGAGAAUCAUUGACCAAUCCAGAAAUAUGGAGAUAGCAUCUUUCCCAAUCUAUAAGGUCUUAUUCUGUGCACGUGGACAUGAUGGGACAAAAGAGAGCAAUUGCUUUGCUUUUACAGAGAGCUCCCAUGGUUCAGAAGAAUUUCAGAUACAUGUUUUCUCCUGUGAAAUUAAAGAGGCAGUAAGCAGAAUUUUAUAUAGUUUCUGUACAGCAUUCAAACGUUCUUCCAGACAAGUGUCUGAUGUUAAGGACUUGAUUAUUCCUACCCCCGACAGUGAUGUGUUUACCUUCAGUGUUUCUUUGGAGGUAAAAGAAGAUGAUGGAAAAGGAAACUUUAGUUCUGUACCUAAGGAUAGAGAUAAAUUUUAUUUCAAAUUAAAACAAGGAAUAGAGAAGAAGGUUGUGAUCACAGUGCAGCAACUUUCUAACAAAGAAUUAGCUAUUGAAAGAUGUUUUGGAAUGUUAUUAAGCCCAGGUCGAAACGUGAAGAACAGUGACAUGCAUUUACUGGAUAUGGAAUCCAUGGGAAAAAGUUAUGAUGGGAGAGCCUAUGUUAUUACUGGCAUGUGGGACCCUAAUGCACCAAUAUUUCUGGCACUUAAUGAAGAAACACCAAAAGAUAAACGAGUGUACAUGACUGUGGCAGUGGAUAUGGUAGUCACGGAGGUGGUAGAGCCUGUCCGCUUUCUCCUGGAGACAGUAGUUCGUGUGUACCCUGCAAAUGAGCGGUUUUGGUAUUUCAGCAGAAAGACUUUCACAGAGACUUUCUUCAUGAGGUUAAAACAGUCUGAGGGAAAAGGCCACGCCAAUGCUGGAGAUGCAAUAUAUGAGGUGGUGAGUCUACAGCGACAGUCUGACAAGGAGGAACCAGUCACUCCUACUAGUGGAGGUGGUCCAAUGUCACCGCAAGAGGAUGAAGCAGAAGAAGAGAGUGAUAAUGAACUCUCCAGUGGAACAGGUGAUGUGUCUAAAGAUUGUCCUGAGAAAAUCCUAUAUUCUUGGGGAGAAUUGCUAGGAAGAUGGCACAGUAACCUUGGUGCACGACCAAAAGGGCUAUCUACCUUGGUAAAGAGUGGUGUACCUGAAGCGCUGAGGGCAGAAGUGUGGCAGUUGUUAGCAGGCUGCCAUGACAACCAGGCAAUGCUGGAUAGAUACCGAAUUCUUAUCACAAAGGACUCAGCCCAGGAAAGUGUUAUUACACGAGAUAUUCAUCGUACAUUUCCUGCACAUGAUUACUUCAAAGACACAGGAGGAGAUGGUCAGGAAUCACUUUACAAGAUUUGCAAGGCAUACUCUGUGUAUGACGAAGACAUUGGGUACUGUCAAGGACAGUCUUUUCUUGCUGCUGUAUUGCUGUUGCAUAUGCCAGAGGAACAAGCAUUCUGUGUUUUGGUGAAAAUCAUGUCUGACUAUGGUUUGCAAGACCUCUACAAAAAUAACUUUGAAGAUCUUCAUUGCAAAUUCUAUCAGUUGGAGAGACUAAUGCAGGAACAGCUACCGGAUCUGCACAGCCAUUUUUGUGACCUGAACCUGGAAGCUCACAUGUAUGCAUCCCAGUGGUUCCUCACUCUCUUUACUGCCAAGUUCCCGCUCUGCAUGGUGUUCCACAUCAUUGACUUGCUGCUUUGUGAGGGAUUGAACAUUAUAUUUCAUGUAGCCUUGGCUCUCCUAAAGACCUCCAAGGAAGAUCUUCUACAAGCUGAUUUUGAAGGUGCUUUAAAGUUCUUCAGAGUUCAGCUUCCAAAGAGAUACAGGGCAGAGGAAAAUGCAAGAAGAUUGAUGGAGCAGGCUUGCAAUAUUAAAGUACCAACUAAAAAGCUGAAGAAAUAUGAAAAAGAAUACCAGACAAUGCGGGAGAGCCAGCUGCAACAGGAAGACCCCAUGGAUAGGUACAAGAGGGAGAACAGAAGAUUACAGGAGGCCAGCAUGAGAUUGGAGCAAGAGAAUGACGACCUUGCUCAUGAGCUCGUAACCAGCAAGAUUGCUCUGCGGAAUGAUUUGGAUCAGGCAGAAGACAAGGCGGAUGUGCUAAAUAAGGAGCUCCUCUUGACCAAGCAGAGGCUGGUGGAGACUGAGGAGGAGAAGAGGAAGCAGGAAGAAGAGACUGCCCAGUUAAAAGAAGUCUUCAGGAAACAGCUAGAGAAAGCAGAAUAUGAAAUAAAAAAGACUACAGCUAUCAUUGCUGAAUAUAAACAGAUCUGUUCCCAAUUAAGUACCAGGCUGGAGAAACAGCAAGCGGCCAGCAAAGAGGAGCUGGACGUAGUGAAGGGUAAAAUGAUGGCAUGCAAACACUGUAGUGACAUUUUCAGCAAGGAAGGCACUUUGAAACUGGCAGCCAUAAGCAGAGAGGACCAGGGAAUUGAAGCAGAUGAUGAGAAGGACUCGCUCAAGAAGCAGCUGAGGGAGAUGGAGCUGGAACUGGCACAAACUAAACUACAGCUGGUAGAGGCCAAGUGUAAAAUCCAGGAACUUGAACAUCAGCGAGGAGCCCUUAUGAAUGAAAUACAAGCUGCAAAAAACUCUUGGUUUAGCAAAACCCUGAACUCUAUUAAAACGGCUACGGGCACGCAGCCACUGCAGCCACCACAGGCUCCCCAGCCACCCAAGGAGAGCACAUAGUUCCAGCCUCAUUGAAGCACAAGAGCACAAUGAUCAAAGCAGUGAAAACCUAGGAUUCUUCCUGGGGUCCCUUGAAGGAGGCCAGAAAGCAACCCAGAAUCUUCUAGUAGCUCUCUCUUCUAUGUUGCUUUUCAAAGGGAUGUUAUUUAAAUUGACCUGAUUUAUGUUGAAUACCUGUUUUUCCAGCUUCUUCAGUGGAAGGCCAUGUUCUGAUCCAUUGUAGUAUUGCACAUUAUUUUAUAUGCCUGAUAUUUAGUUGAAAAUAAGUAAUUCAGAACUAAAUGCAUUUUAUUUAGAACUAAUGAUUCCUAAAAUUUUAAUCUUACACAGAAAAUGGAGACAUCUGUUAUUCUAAGACUGAAGAGAUAAGAUCUGUGUUGUGGAAAAAAAUUUUUCUGAAACUUCUUUAACUUCCCAAGAUUUUUUCAGAUAAAGCACACUGUAGGGCUGGUCAUGACCACUGUCAGGUUUUAUCCUCAGAUUGAUUCCCAAGGUAGCAACACUCCUAUCCCAAGGAAAGAAUAGACCAGGGACUGAAAAGUCCCCAAAGAGAUUUUGGUUUAUUUUCAUUUUAUGUCAGGUAUGUCUGGAAACAGAGUGUCAAGAACUGCGGAAUAGAUGAGGUAUUGAGAAUAAACACUGUAUAAACAACUGAGAUUUUGAUAAACACAGAGUAAAAUCAUUUUAGCUCUGGUAUUCUAGCAGAUCUUAAGAACUUCACAUGGGACUUGCAGUUUCCCAGUAUAAACACAGAUAUGACUUCUGGCAAGUGCAGAGUGAAAAGUGGGUACUGUGAGUUGCAGACCUGGAACCUGCUCCACAGAAGUCUGGCAAGGCCCAGGUUCAGCCAUUGUGCUAAGAGUAUGGAAUACACGCCAGUGAACCAGUGACCAGUAAUUUCAUCUGAUGUUGGCAUACUUGCUAAGGAAACACUAAUAUUCUGUGACUUUGUUAAAAGAUAAAGUACUGAAAUUGAAAUUGAGGGCAACUUCACAUCAUUUUAGUUUAAUGUUAGGGAACUUUUCCUCAUCUCUAUAGCACCCUAAAAAUAUACCUUUAGUACCUGUAGGUGAACAGACACAAAUGCAUUUGUAACAUCUUUGAAUUAAAAACCUUUAUAGAACUAAUUAUCCCAGGAAAAGUGAAGCUAUUGUUUAAGAAUUGGUGGAAAUAUUUUUAAAAUUACAUUAAACUACCUAUACAAAUAGUCCUUUCAGGAAAUUCGUUGGUAAGGGGAAAACUAACUCUCCCAUUUGUAAGCUAUUCUAAAGAUAUCUGGUCUUCUCACCAGCCAAACUACUUUGGCUAUGAAAAUAGCACUUACUGAUACUCAUUCUUGUUCACUGGUAAACAUUAGUUUGCAAAGGUUUUUAAACUCUAUAGUGCCAGACUGUUUCUCUGUGCCAUAGGUUGCAAUUAUAACACACCUUUAAGAGUUAGGAUCAAAUAAGAGCCUUUGUAACCCCAAGAGCAUGGACUACAAGUUGCUCAUGAUAGAUCCUCUCCCCUGAAUUAUCUUGAAGUUCUAAAAAGUGAAAUCCCUUUUAUCUGUUUAUAUAAUGUCUACAGCCCAUAAAACUGAUACAGUUUUUUGGGGUAUACGUUAUACUUUUCAAAAUAAUACUUUUCUUACAGAAAUCUUUUGUUAUUCUGAUAUCACCCAUCAUAAAUUCAUUUAUUUUUACCAAAUAGAAAAAUUGCAACAUUCCAAGUGUCUGUGUUGUCUUUAACAUUCCCUACAUGGUGGUUUAGAUCAGCAGAUAAUUCUUUUGUAAUAUAUAAUGGCUAGAAAAUUAUAUUGUGACAUUUGUUUCUAUAAAUCAUUUACUACAGUAGGUUAAUUUACUAGUAUUUUAUGCUUUGACUUCAAGAAGCCCUGUAAAAAUUGUCUUUUUAACUGGUGAGCUAAAUUACAAAUACAUUUUUUGUGUUGUGAACCUCAUAGUACCACAAAGAGCCCCCUUUGAUUUCUUAAAUUCCACAAGAUGCCUAAUUACAUAAUUUUCUUUAAAUCAUAGUUAAGGGACAAAUAUAAUGGCUCCAGGUCAAGUCCUUAUCUAUAGAUUUGAUUCAAUUUAUUUAUUUAUUUAUUUAUUUUUUGGUACUGGGGAUUGAACUUGGGUCCUUGAGUUUG